AUGGGCAUCAAGUACUCUGUGCAGGCCCUGACACAGACCAAAGAAGGGGGGCUGGUACUGCAUCCAAAGUACUUCAAGUACCUGCAGAUCCAUUGCCCCAACUUUGCCAUGGAAGCGUGCAAAGUCACGACCAGGAUGCGCGAGAUCGUGCUGUCGUCUUGGGAAGCCAUCGCGAGCGGCAACACGCCAGGGAUGAAGGCCAAGGUGGCCCCUGGCAGCUCCCCCGUCGUGUUCUUCUACGACUACUUUUACGGGUCGUUGUUCAAGACUGCGCCCGAAGUGAAGCCACUGUUCCGGGCCAGUAUCAUCAUCCAAGGCAAGGCGCUGAUCAGCAUCGUGCAGACCGUGACCAACGAAGCGAACGUGGAGAACGCGAUUGAAAAGGUUGUGGACUUGGCAUAUCGCCACAACAAAUACAAGGUCAAGAUGGGCUACUACAACGUGUUGGGGAACGUGCUGCUGACCGCGGUCCGCGAGUGCUCGGGCGACGGCGUGUGGAAUGCCGAGAUGGAAGCGGCGUGGCGACAUGUGUAUGCUUUCAUGAUGACUGCUAUGUGCCCGAUAUUAUACCACGGACAACAAGACCCGACCGACAAGGAGAAGCAGAUGGCCAAGACGGGCAAGUACUUGCACAGUGUGACGUUUCGACGACCCAAAGAAGUCGAGCCGGCGACAUCCGUGAUUCCCACCGGCCAGUGUCCUGUACCCGGGAUGACAUCAAUCAACCCUGGACAGUGUCCUGUGCCCCACUAA